AUGGAUUGUAAUAAAGAAGAGGCAAUUAGGGCUAAAGAGACUGCAAAGAAGAGGUUCUUAGCAAAUGAUUUUCCUGGAGCCAGAAAAUUUGCCUUGAAAGCUCAGUUCUUGAAUCCUGACCUCGAAGGAAUCUCCCGAAUGGUGGCUACUUUUGAUGUUCAUGCCUCUGCUCACAACAUUAUACAUGGGGAGAUUGACUACUAUGGUGUACUUGGUAUAAACCCUGAGGCUGACGACGAAACAGUGAGGAAACAUUACAGGAAGUUGGCUGUAUUGCUUCAUCCGGACAGGAACAAGUCUGAUGGAGCAGAGGAAGCGUUUAAGUUUCUUUCUCAGGCUUGGGGUGUGUUCUCCGACAAGGGGAAGAGAGCUGAGUAUGAUUUGAGGAGGAACUUGGGAUUGGUUGAAGGAAGAGGAGGGGCUUCAUCAUCGUCAAAGCAUGCUGCAGACAAUGGUGUUCAGAAAGUUGCUAAACCAAGUGUUGCUAAACCAAGUGUUGCUAAACCAAGUGUUGCUAAUAACGUUACAAAAGUGAAGAGUUGGAAGAGAGGUACAACAAAGCGGGCGAGUGACGCAUCUGCCUCUGCCUCUGCCUCUGCUGCUACUCCUGCUUCAGCUCAUAAUACAACUUCUGAUGGAACCUUUUGGACUGUGUGUCGCACUUGCAGAACGCAGUAUGAGUAUCACCGUGUUUACUUAAAUCAGAACCUCCUGUGUCCCAACUGUCGUAAGCCCUUUAUAGCUGUGGAAACAGAUCCUCCAGGGUCAGGCUCAAUCCGCAAGACCUUUCAUGAGCACCAGUUUGAGUCUAUCCGUCAGUCAACAGACGGUAGAAAGAGAAGUAGAGACAACAACAACAACAACGGUGUGUAUGAUUCCUUUGAGUGGAGUGCUGUGUGCACGGGAACUAAAAACACUGCUCAUGGUGCACAGACCGGGUCACGGAAAGAGUAUACCAAAAGGGUGACCGUUACUCCAUCGACAAACGCUCCAAAAAGAAGAAAGGGUAUGGAGAAUGCAGCGGCUGGUUCCAAUGUUGCAAGCUGUUUCGCGGCUCCCAAGUCCAACGGUGUGAAAGAGUUUUCUGAUGAUGAGUUGAAGAAUCUUCUGAAGAAGAAAGCCAAGCCGUUAAUCAGAAGAAAGCUGCAAGAGCUUGCUGAUACCGAAACUAAAACUGAGGAUGUCAAUGUGGCUAAUGCAGGUUCUUCAGAAAACCAAAGUGCCAUUGAUGAUACUUCUGCUACUGCUAAAGGUUUGGAUCCCUUGGGAGGCUUGACAUUAGAUGUUACUGAUCCAGAUUUUUGUGACUUCAACAAGGUUCGAACUGAAAAGUCAUUUAGUGAUAACCAGAUAUGGGCUUCUUACGACUCUUUAGAUGGGAUGCCUCGAGGUUAUGUCAUGAUAAACAAGGUUAUCUCCGUAGACCCUUUUAAAGUGUGUAUCACUCAGCUUACUCCAGAGACAAACAGUGAGCUUAGGUCAACAAAGUGGCUUGGCUUUGGUGUUCAAAAAGCUUGUGGAGAUUUCAGAGUUGGGAAAACCCAAAUCUGCAAGUCACCUUACAUUUUCUCACACAAAGUGGAGCAGGUCAAAGGCAGUCACGGAGAGUUUCUUAUAUAUCCUAGAAGAGGAGAUGUAUGGGCUCUGUAUAGGAACUGGUCCCAUGAUUGGAACUAUCUUACAGGAGGAGCAGAAGCAAUAGAGUAUGAUGUAGUGGAAGUAGUUGAAGGGUAUACAGAGGACUCUGGUGUUUCAGUGGUUCCUUUGAUGAAAGUUGCUGGUUUCAAAUCAGUGUUUCACCAUUAUUUGGAUCCCAAAGAAAUCAGAAACAUUUCAAGGGAUGAGUUAUCAAGAUUCUCUCAUCGGAUACCAUCUUACUUGCUCACAGGUCGAGAAGCACCCGGUGCACCCAGAGGUUGCAUACAACUCGACCCAGCGGCUACACCAUCACAGAUUCUUCAAGUUAUAGAAAUGUGA